AUUGUAAUUAUAAUAUCGUGAUGUUUUAAUACCGCAUUAAUGUUACGUGUUGUAAUUAUAGGAAAAAAGUGUUCAUCACACAACGUAAGCAAACAAUCUUUUGAAUUUGAUUGGUGCUCUGCAAUUCUAGCGGGAAACACCUGCAGUUAAACGCGCGAAAGUUGCAAAGCGUACAGGAAAAGCUGGGAUAAGCCGAGUAGUGGUACGUGUGAACCGGUGUAGUCGUGUUGAAAUUUGGAGGCGUCUUGAGACUGCGCUCGUUAUUUCAAUUUUCAUAACUUUUAUAAUUAGAUCAGGAUGUUGUCCACCACAGGAAACAAGGAGAAUAUUGAAAGUUCUGUCCAUGAUCUGAAAAUAAAAGAUGAAACUGAUGGAUUAAAUCCAAGAAUGGGAAAACCACUGAACGAAGCGAAUCUUAAUAAACAACAGGUUAAGUCUCCCAACAACAAACCAGUAAAAACAAAGAAGAAAUCAUUUGAUCCAGAGUUAGAACCUUUGCUGCGGGAAAAUCCACGACGGUUUGUCAUUUUUCCUAUUCAGUAUGAAGAUAUCUGGCGAAUGUACAAAAAAGCCGAAGCAUCAUUUUGGACUGCGGAAGAAGUGGAUUUGUCGAAAGACCUUUCUCAUUGGGAAAAAAUGAAGCCUGAAGAAAGGCAUUUCAUUUCGCAUGUUCUCGCUUUUUUUGCCGCCUCAGAUGGUAUUGUUAAUGAAAAUUUAGUAGAGAGAUUCAGCCAAGAAGUACAAAUAACUGAGGCUAGGUGUUUCUAUGGAUUUCAAAUUGCUAUGGAAAAUGUCCAUUCUGAAAUGUACAGUCUGUUGAUAGAUACUUACAUUUCAAACCCAUCUGAGAGAGAAUUCUUGUUCAAUGCUGUUGAAACCUUACCUUGUGUGAAAAAGAAGGCUGAUUGGGCUCUUAAUUGGAUUAGUAGUAAGCAUGCUACGUUUGGAGAGAGAGUUGUUGCUUUUGCAGCUGUUGAAGGUAUAUUUUUUUCUGGUAGCUUUGCUGCUAUUUUUUGGCUGAAAAAGAGGGGUUUAAUGCCUGGGUUAACAUUUAGCAAUGAAUUAAUUUCACGAGAUGAAGGUCUUCAUUGUGAUUUUGCUUGCCUAAUGUUUAAACAUUUGGUUCAGAAACCUACUGAGGAGGAAGUGAAAUCAAUUAUUAUUAAUGCAGUUGAAAUUGAACAAGAAUUCUUAACUGAUGCCCUUCCAGUUGGAAUGAUAGGCAUGAAUUCAGAGCUGAUGAAGCGAUACAUUGAAUUUGUUGCAGAUAGGUUGCUUGUUGAACUUGGGUUCUCAAAAGUUUACAAUUCUGAAAAUCCUUUUGAUUUCAUGGAGCAUAUUUCUCUAGAGGGUAAAACUAAUUUCUUUGAGAAGAAAGUGGGAGAGUAUCAGAAAUGUGGAGUAAUGGCCAAAAAAGAAGAGAAUACUUUUAAGUUGGAUGUUGAGUUCUGAAAAAUCAAUCUUUUAAGAAUGCAAUUGUCAGAUAAAUGUGAACUUGUUUCAUAGAAACAGUUGUUUUGUUGCAAUGAUGUCCGGUUAAUAGCUGGUAAUGAAAUUGUUUUUAUGAGGUUACUGCUUAGACACUAUUGGUCUUGUUGACUGAGGUUUGUAUAAAUUUUAUCGAUGUGCACUACAGGAUAUUAAAUGCUUAUGAAGUUAAGAGAAUUGUCCUUCCAAGUAUUUUAGAUUUUAUAAUUAAGGUAGAUUUUUGUAAUAUAUGAUUUAAUAUGUAGUUUAAUUUAUUCAUUUUUAAAAUAUUUUAUCUGUAAUAGAACCUUAAUAAAAUAUUUUGUUUAAUUUUGGUUGUUGCUAUAUUCAACUGCAUGGAUCCUCCCCACCUAAUGAGUUUCUGAUCUGCUUCGUUAACGGUCACUCAGUUAAGUUCAGGGAAUUAAGUAAAUUCUAAAUUUAAGUAUCUGAAUUUAACUGGAAUGUCAACUAAAUUAUAUAAUGAAAAAAAUGAGGGGGAUU